CGUGUGUAUGUUGCGACACUUGUACAAGAAUUGUGCAAAAACCAUAUUCGCAAUUGAUUUGAUAUUUAUUUCAGUGUUAUCGCGCGCGUAAUGCGGCCCGUUUAAAUAAUCCUCCUAAUGCUAUUUAUUGCUUUGUGAGAAAAAUAAAACGGAAAUAUUUAAGCAAUAUUAAGUAAGAAAGUUAUGCACAUUGCUACCUUAAACGAGGGCGUGUUGUCAGUAGCUCCUUUCUCGAUAAAUUAUAUUUUGUGGCUUAUUUUAUAUGUGCGCCUGGUUAGCGGAUAAUAACGAGCUAUUUUAUCAACUAUACCGUUACAUGGGCGGCGUGAUGAAUGCGGCGGCAUAAAUUUAAUUUUCAGAAACUGGAGAAAUAGUCUAACUUCCGUUAUCGACAACAGAAGCGGACCGUUCUAAAGAAAAACACAAAAUCAAAAAAAAAAAAAAUAAAUAAAAAAAAUAAAUAAAAAAAAAGGAAAAAAAAAGAAAAGCAUGAACUAUGGCUCGUCAUAUUAUGGCUGUGUGCGUGGUAUGUUUACUGUGUGCCGAACAUUUGCCCUGCCAACAACAUGUUGAAAGUUUACUUACCUCUACCACCCCCUCCUCAUCGCUUGACGAUGACAAUUUUAAGCAUAAGUCGCAACGCAAUGCUAUAGUUUAUACUACUACAAUUGCAAGUAAGGCAACACCGCCGCAUGUGAAAGGAGAAGAUGAACGAGUCACCACCGAUUCUCUGCUGCCAUAUGAUACAACGAAAAGUUAUAAUACGAAGCGACGCAGAAAACGUUAUACCGAUCACGACGAUUUAAUGGCUGCAGACAAUUCAAAUGAACGGCCGAAAAUCACGAGGGCUUUCUUGGAACGCAUAUUUAAAGAAUAUGGACGCGAGGACGACGAUGUCAUUCAGGCAGAAGAUUUUCAACACCUUCUCAAACGGCUGGGCUUAAAUCAAUUAAUACCGCUUAAAAGCAAUUCAUAUAAUAGCGAAACCUGCAUUGUUGAUUCAAAAUUGGUGCAUUAUAUAAAACCUCAUGAACGCUAUGAUUGCGUGCAUCAUCACCAGCAGCAUCACCUUAACGGUGAGGGUCAUUCUGUUUGCGUUAAUUCGACAGAAGAUGGUUGUGCUCAUGGCUGUGCCACUGCGUCCCUGGAGUCGUUCACUCACUCAAAUUAUACCUUAAGCCCACAAGAUCUUAUGAAUAUAUGUCCGGUUCUGCUGCAUCAAUUGAUUACAGCAUCACAAGAUCCGGAAGAACGAGGAUGUAUAAAAGCAGAAAUCUUGGUGCAAAUCGAUUCAUUGGAAGCUAAACACUUUAGAAAGCAUAAGGAUGACAUACUAUGUGUGUGGAUAUAUGCUUUUGUAUCAGUGUUUGCUUGUACUAUAUUAGGUUUGGUCGGUGUUGCUAUUAUACCAUUUAUGGAUUCACGUUUUUACAAGCAUAUUAUACAGUUUUUGGUGUCGUUGGCUGUUGGCACCAUGACUGGCGAUGCGCUUUUACAUUUAUUGCCUCAUUCUCUGGCUGGCCAAACGGAGAGCAAUAUGAUAUUUAAGGGUCUCACUUGUAUGAGCGGCAUCGUGUUCUUUUAUAUUACGGAACACGGUUUAACAAUGAUCUCUGAGUGGCGUAAAAGUAAAGAGAAGAAAGAGACAACGAAACCAUCGAGAGCUAAAGUAAUGCGCGAUCCGGACUCUUCUCUCAAUAAUUCGGUAGCCGGCGAUAAAAUGUGCAAAUCCAAGUAUAGCUCAUAUCCUUAUUGCUACGACGAAAUAGCUAUGGAUACAAAAAACGAUGUCUGGAUGCAUUUGCCUCACAAUUUAAAUGAUAACACUGUUCAUACACGUAAUGGUAAAUUGGACGGAGAAGUCGGCGAGACGGCGGCUCAAUCUUUAUUAUCAACUUCACAGAACAAUUAUGCUCCCAUAGCGGAGGCCAAUCACCAACAUCAUCAUAAUAAUCAUCAGCAACAACAUGAUCGUCAUCAACAGACUGAGCAGCCCCAUUUAGCGCACAAUAGUGGCAUUACUACAGAUUUGGAAGGUAACAUUGUAGGGGAUGGAAUUAAAUCUGGACCUGCUGCAACAACAGCGAAUGGAAAAGGUUUGCCUUUAAUGAAUGGCACGGUGACAGUGAUAUUGCGGGAGCAUGAAUCCACCCAUCACGGGCACAGUCACAAGCAUGGUCACGUACAUUCGCCUCCCAAGUCAUUGAGUGCUGUCGUCUGGAUGAUUAUUAUGGGUGAUGGUUUACAUAAUUUCACUGAUGGUAUGGCCAUAGGGGCAGCGUUUGCUGAGAAUAUAGCAGGAGGAUUUUCUACAUCGUUAGCAGUUUUUUGUCACGAGUUGCCGCACGAACUGGGCGAUUUCGCCAUACUUAUGAAAGCGGGCAUGUCUGUCAAGUCAGCGGUUUAUUACAAUUUAUUAACUGGUGUUCUAAGUUUUAUUGGAAUGAUUUUUGGAAUAGUAUUUGGGCAAUCGCAUGAAACAGCACAGUGGAUAUUUGCUGCCGCAGCAGGUUUAUUUAUAUAUAUAGCGCUUGUAGAUAUGAUGCCGGAAAUUUCAGCUGCUCAUAAAUCGUUGGAACAGUUUACCUUGCAAAUUUUAGGCAUGGGUAGUGGCGUCCUUCUAAUGCUAUUAAUUGCAAUUUAUGAAGAUGAUUUAAUGCAUGUCUUCUCGGAUAGUGGUAAUCAUCAGCACAUACAUUAAAGGUUUUCUUGUAUUGUUGUUGUUGUUAUUAUUAUUAUUAUUAUUAUUAUUAUUAUUGUUAUUAUUAUUAUUAUUGUUGUUGUUGUU